AUGUCUGCAAGACAAAUCUUCGAAAAGUUCGACAAGAACGGAGACGGAAAACUCUCACUGGACGAGUUUCAUGAAGUAGCUCUUGCAUUUUAUAACAACCUUUCUCAGGAUAACAACUUUUCUCAAGAGGAGAUCGUAAAUAUGUUCAACGAGAUGGACACGAACGGUGACGGCGAGAUCGACGCCGACGAGUUCACUACGUGCAUUGAGAGGAUGUUGAAAGAAGUGUUUGAUUUUUGUGACGUUGACGGUGACGGAAAGAUACCAGCCGAUGAGAUGUAUGUGGCCAUGACUCGGCUCGGGAAGGAGUGCACCGAGGAGAGUUGUGCUGAUAAGGUUCAAGCCGCUGAUGCAGAUGGUGAUGGUUUUUUGAGCUUUGAGGAGUUCAUGGCCAUGGUAAUUGGUGACCUCUAA